AUGGGGACAGCAACAAAUUCUCUCGUUUUAGAACUAGCAACACCGGAAGACGUUCCUGCCAUCACCGAGGUAUGGUUCGCUUCCUUCACACAGCCGAUAAUCGGGGAAAUCUUCCCCAACACUCCUGGUAUGCACCAAUGGCAUCGUGAUUGGCACAUGAAGGACAUUCAAAACCCAAACUGCAGAUAUCUGAGAGUAGUUGAUACCGAAUCGAAAGAUGAGCAAGGCCGACCGCGACUAGUUGCUUUUGGGAAAUGGGACCUGGCCAUGCCAGAUGAGCGAGGUCGUCGCUUUCCAAUUUGGCACGCAGACUCACCUUACCAGCAAUGUGAGGAUUUCAUUGCGGAACUGGAGGAGUCGCGGAAACGCGUCAUGGGUGACGAAAAGCAUUACUACCUGGAUACACUAGGCACUCAUCCCGAUUACCAACGGCGCGGAGCUGGGUCUAUGCUUGUCAAGUGGGGCUGCGACUUGGCGGAUAAGGAUGGUGUUGCGGCCUACGUGGAUGCAAGCAAGGAGGGCGCACCGCUAUAUCAGAAACAUGGAUUCGUGGAUUUCAAUCCGCCCGACGCGGACGUGGCUGCGAUGGCUCGCCCUAAGGCAACUCCGAGCGAUCGCACUUAA